GUUGAGGGUUCGGAGCUGCUAGCGCCAUGUUAUUCGGCGGAGAAACCGCAUGCAGAUUUCAUCUACGAGCGCACGUAUAGAUCGUGGACGUAGGGGACGGCCGCAGCGAACCCUCCUCGUGUGACGCCGUGUAUCAUCGCAUCGACGUCCGUAUCUCCGUAGGUCCGUCACCGGCCGUAGACGGUCAAGCUGGACAUCACGCCGGCAGUGCCCGCGGGCAAACACGGAGGUUUUGUCGGCAGUAGUCCACGGAGAUUACUCUCGCACGUAGCCAAGCUGGGGAAGGUACCGAAGCUGAGAAUGCAGCCGUUGAGGAACGGUUGUCACGAUCGCUGGACGUGGAACAAACGCGACAAGUCGCACGAGGUUCGGCUGCUAGGCACCGAUCACGUGACGGCGCACUUCCAUCCGAACUGGAGUAACGGUACGGCGGGAGUGCGAGGCACGCGCGCGCUCAAUCACGGUCGGUACUACUGGGAGAUCCACAUCUCUCAGAGAAUCUUCGGCACUUCGAUGAUGUUCGGGAUAGGGACGAGGAUGGCUCGUCUGCACAUUGACGCCUUCGUCAACAUGCUGGGCGAGAACGAACACAGCUGGGGUCUCUCGCACAAGGGCAUGCUCUGGCACAACGGGAAGUGCCGACAGUAUACGAAGCCGUUUCGGGAAAACGAAGCGACGACUAUCGGCAUGUAUUUCGACUGGCAACAAGGAACGCUGACCUACUACAAAGAUGGCGCGUGUCUAGGCGUCGCCUUUACAGGGCUCAAUAAACUAGAAGAGGAAAUCUUUCCGACGAUCUGCUCCACAGCGGCGAAGACGGAGAUGACACUCGGUUUGACCAUGCGCGGCUUCUACGAUCUUCAAGACCGCUGCCGUGCCGCCAUACUUAAUAACGUUGCCAACGACAACGACGUCGACGCUCUGAACUUACCGAAUAAGCUGAAGGAGUACAUACGACAGGGUAUGAGCCUCUGACGCCAGCGAAAUCUUAUCUACGAAAUCCUGGAAGUGUUCAACAGCCUUAUACACGACAUUACGGCACUGUAUCGGUGACUAGGCAAUAUCACACAGGCAGCAAGACUUGAUUACGCGCUGCUGCGGUGACGUGUCCAAGUGUGUGUGUGUGUGUUUUCUCGUGACGUCACUUCAAGUGAUGUAGCAAUGACGCUGUGGUGACAUUGUCGUUCAUGCCAAAGGCCUUAUUAAUCUACGAUCCGUGCAAUGACUGUAAAUACAGGUAUUCGUCCAUUUGUCGAAAGAAGCUACACAGUAAAGGGACUAGUCAGAUAAGAUUAAUUUAUACGUAGGCGAAAUACUGGCGAAAUUAUAUCGAACGGCAAUCGAAAUUUUGCCGUGAAAUGGAGGCUGUCUAUAUUUGUAUAUUUGUUGCCAUUUAUUUAAUGAGAUAGCGAAUGCGACGGCGCGAACGCGUCGCAACACCUUUAAAAGACCCGUAUAUCGAACCAAUAUCGUAAGUUUUGAUCUCUGGAUUAUAUACGCUAAUAUAUUCGCGAUCGAGUCAUUUAUAUUAGAGUCGAGUGUGGCCCAGCUGCUGGUCAGGGUGUCACACGUCUUCCUAUCACCCCUACCACCACGCAGCGAAGGUCGGCGCGUGUCUCGGGGAGGGACCGAAUCAGUACUAGAUGCGCAGAACGCCCCCCAAUAAAGACACGCAAAGGGACCAGAGACCACGGACAGGUGUUCCCCGGUCGUUGACUCUCCGUGAAACAACGGGAUGGCCGAGUGUGGUAUUUCAUCAACCCGCAUAGCAGCAUCCCCCGCCCAGGCUGCUAUACGCUGCACGACAGCCCGCCAACAAACACACAUCGUGCGCGUGUGCCAUCUGCAUCGCCCGCUGGCCUUUGUUCUCGUACUACGGCCCGCACGGGCCACGCGCGCGCGCAGAACAACACUGACAACAGACAACAGGGAGUGGGCGAUACAUAAUAGAAACUGAGAUAGGCAGAUUCUGUGUAGAACCAAGGCGAUUAUGCGAGCUAGCGUACUAAGUGACGGUGGAUAAAUGUACGAAGUUACGGUUUAAUGUAGGCGUACGUACGUGAUGCACACCAAGAGCUUUUGCGCGGUAGCUUUUUCGUGGUUAUCUUUUACGAUUCUACGUCAUGUUCUAUACUAUCAUGUUUCUACUCUCCCAUUUUAACAUCUUCCAAAAUGAGCGCGCAUGUGCAUGGUCGUUCUUUACUAAAUUUUAUCUUGUAACUAGCAACAUAGAUCAGUAGAUAUAUGUCCCCUGCAUCUAGUAACAUAAUUAGCAGAUAACCUCCCCCCCCCCCCCACAUCCCCGCCUUUCAUUAUUCCUCGUCGCGAUCAGCGGAGUGGUAAAAAUCGCGUUUUUCGAUCGCAAUUGCUUUACGUCAGUCAAUCUGCCGCAUGAGUCCGGUCAUCGUGACGUCACAUGUUCAGACUGCUGUGUAGUGGGUGAUGAGAAGAUUCCGAAGCCUACACUGCUCGGAUGUACCUCUACCCCGUGACGCACAACAGGGAGAAUGACGAAGCGAUGAGAAAAGCGUGUUCAGCGAGAGUAUACAGAGCACGCGCAUCGACGCAUGCGCAGACAUGACUCAGCGGCGGGCAGGAUUUUUUUUUAGCUUAUUGUUCAGUGGCGUUUACGGAUCGUCGUGUCGCUCCGUAUAAUAUUUAUAUAAUUUAUUGAUGUAAUAAUGUUUUCGAGGACCGGUCAUCAGAAUACGUGCGUGUGCAUGUGCGAUAGAAGUAGAUUCGUACAUCUGUAGUAUUUUCCCCCUCUCAACUUACUAAGCUUCUGUAACACUAAUGUGAAUUUUUCAAAAGAAAAGUGAAACGUCUGAAGUCUUUCGAGAAAUAGCUCUCUGCGUGGGACAGUAUGGCGGGAGUUACGCGCGCGCGUGUGUUCUGCUGAUUAGACGGUAUGAUAGACAGGUGCAUGCAGGUGUCUAUACCGUGGGCUACCCCAGCACCUCAACUAUCGAUAUAACCUACUAACGGUUCCUAACCACCAGCUACGUUUACUUCUGAAUAACUUCCGUCUGCCAGUGUAAUAAGCGUCGAGUAGUAUAGGUCCUAGUAACCAUCGAUGUUAGGUGCGAAAAAAUUUACCCCUGUCAUUCGUUGACCCACCUAUUCAUGGCAAGGCCUUUUAUUUACACGCCCAGUAAGUUAGUACAGUCCAGUUUUCCUCCGCGCGUGCUGUAAGCGAAAACUGCAAAUACCUGCAAUAUCUAUUUUCUACUUUUGUACAGAUUCUCAUAUAUCUUGUAAAAUACAGUGACUAUCGUGUUACAGAA